GCCAUUGACUCUUCUCUAAAGUUUCAAUUUUUACAUUAUAGAAAUUUCUCUCAAAACAAAACAAACUUUGUUUUUGUUUAUGUAUAGGAAGUUGGUAAACAGCUAGCUCAAUUUAUACACACAUAGUUUUUCUUGUUUAUUUUUAUGGUACACUAUUUUGAAUCCCAUAGAACUGCCUUAAUAGUAAUAAUUUAAAGCUUUUAGGCUGAAUCAUUUCUUGGAUAGAAUUUUAGGUGUACAUUUUGUACGUCCAACAGUACUGUAUAUCACUUGGAGGCUGGAGCUUGAAGAAAAAAAAAUGUUGCCACUAAAAAGAGCUGUUCUUUCAUGGAUUCUUGCAGUGAACUGCUUCAUGUUGUUGAGUUUGGGUGACUCAACAAGAGUUGCCCAAGAAGAAGUGGACAUUAUGGAACAAAUCGCCACUACAAUGGGAGCAACACACUGGAAAUUCAAUGGUGAAUUGUGCCAGAUUGAAGCAGUCAGGGUUACAACUGAUCUUCCAAGUUGGUCCGAAACUGAUGUUGUAUGCAACUGCAGUAUAGGAAAUGAUACUGCCUGUCACAUAGUAGCUAUUACUCUUAAGGGUAUUAAUCUUCCUGGCGUUCUUCCACCUGAACUGGUAAAGCUUCCUUACAUUCAAAAAGUUGAUUUUGCAUACAAUUACCUCAGUGGUAGUAUACCAACUGAAUGGGCAUCAACCCAGUUAAAUUCCAUCUCUGUUCUUGUGAACCGGUUGUCAGGGGAAAUACCGAAGGAACUGGGAAACAUUACCAGCCUUACCUAUAUAAACCUUGAAGGAAACCGAUUCUCAGGCAUUAUUCCUGAUGAACUAGGGAAAUUGAUAAACUUAAAGGCGCUGAUAUUGUCCUCCAACCAACUGGAGGGAGAGCUGCCAGUGUCGCUCUCUGGACUUGUAAAUUUAGCAGAUUUUAGGAUAAGUGAUAACAAUCUCAUUGGACCAAUUCCAGAUUUUAUAGAGAAAUGGAAACAACUCACAAAAUUAGAGUUGCAUGCCACCGGUUUAGAGGGUCCCAUUCCAUCAAGCAUAUCUCUUCUCAAUAUGUUAACCGAUCUGAGGAUUAGCGACAUAAAAGGACCAGUGCAUGAAUUUCCUCCUCUAAUUAACAUGACAGACCUAGAGAGACUGGUACUGAGAAACUGCAACCUUUCGGGAGUAAUUCCAGUAUAUAUUUGGAAACUGAAAACUAUACAAACAUUGGAUGUUAGUUUCAAUAAGCUCAUUGGAACGAUUCCGGAUGACAUUAGUGCAAGAAGUAUGCUUAAAUUUGUGUUUUUAUCUGGUAACAUGCUCAGUGGAGAUAUACCUGCCUCAAUCUUGAACAACGGAAUAAAUGUCGAUCUUUCCUACAAUAACUUUACUUGGCAAGGCCCUCAACAACCAGCUUGUCGGCAAAAUACGAAUUAUUACAUAAACCUGUACAGGAGCUCUGCAGUUGCAGGGACUCUUAAGAAUGUUCUUCCGUGUACAGAGGAUUUAACUUGUCCAAGAUAUGAGUGUUCCUUGCAUGUGAAUUGUGGAGGAAAUGAUGUUGCUAUUACAGAAAACAACAGGCUUAUUGAUUUUGUCGGAGAUGCUCAUGUUGAAGGUGGUUCUGCAAGAAAUUUCCGCAGUGAUAAUUACUGGGGAUUUAGUAGCACCGGAGACUUCAUGGAUGAUGAUAAUGAUCAGAAUACACGUUUUAUUGAGACUAUACCAUCAACUGACCUGCCUGAACUGUAUAGUAGAGCAAGGGUUUCUCCACUUUCACUUACUUAUUUCCAUUAUUGCUUGGAGAAUGGGAGUUACAAUGUUAGUCUGCACUUUGCUGAGAUAAUAUUUAAAAACGACAGUACAUAUAACAGUCUCGGAAGGCGCAUUUUUGAUAUAUAUAUCCAGGAGAAACUAGUGUGGAAAGACUUCAAUAUUGAAGAGGAAGCUCUUGGAGUCCUAAGGCCUGUGAUCAGAUACUUUAAUGCUACUGUAACAGAUAGUGUCUUGGAGAUCCGAUUUUAUUGGGCUGGCAAGGGCACUGCCCGCAUUCCUUUUAGGGGACAUUAUGGUUCACUCAUAUCAGCUAUCUCAGUUGACUCAACUUUCAAGUUCUGUUCAAACAAGGACAGAAAGACCACAAUAGUUUAUGUUAUUGUUGGAGUUUUGGCUGCAUGUAUCACGUUUUUUGUACUGAGCAUACUUUGGUGGAGAGGCUGUCUAUGUAGAAAAAGUAAAAGAAGAGAUCUCAAUGGUGUAGAGCUGCAGAUGGUUUGUUUUACUCUGAGACAAAUAAAAACUGCCACUAGAAAUUUUGAUGCUUCAAACAAGAUUGGCGAAGGUGGUUUUGGUCCUGUUUACAAGGGUCAAUUACUUGAUGGUACAUUAGUUGCAGUGAAGCAGCUCUCCUCUCAAUCAAAGCAAGGCAACCGUGAAUUCUUGAAUGAGAUUAGCACGAUAUCCUGUUUGCAACACCCCAAUCUGGUUAAGCUUCUUGGGUGCUGUAUUGAAGCAGACCAGUUACUGCUUGUAUAUGAAUACUUAGAUAACAAUAGCCUUGCGAGCGUUUUGUUUGAGAACAGUCGGUUGAAUCUGGAUUGGCCUACAAGGUUUAGGAUCUGUCUCGGAAUAGCUAGAGGUCUAGCUUUUCUACAUGAGGAAUCAAGCGUAAAAAUUGUACAUCGGGACAUCAAAGCUACCAAUGUGCUUCUGGAUGGACAGCUCAAUCCCAAAAUCUCCGACUUUGGACUAGCUAGACUCACUGAAGAAGAGAAGACCCAUAUUAGUACUCGAGUUGCUGGAACAAUAGGAUACAUGGCACCAGAAUAUGCACUCUGGGGUUAUUUGACUGACAAGGCAGAUGUUUACAGCUUUGGAGUUGUACUUUUGGAAACUGUCAGUGGAAAGAACAACAACAACUACAUGCCAAGCCACACCAGCAUUUGUCUCUUAGAUUGGGCCUGUCACUUGCAACAAAGUGGGAGUAUAGAGGAGCUCAUUGAUCAGAGAUUGGGGUCUGAUAUUAAUAAAGACGAAGUGGAAAAAAUAGUAAAAGUGGCACUCUUGUGCACUAGUGCCACUCCCUCACUCAGGCCUAUCAUGUCUGAGGUAGUGUCUAUGCUUGAAGGACGAAUUGCUAUCCCAGAUGAAAUUCCAGAGGCAAGUACUUAUUCCAAUGAUCUGAGGUUUAAAGCCAUGAAAGAUUUUCAUCAAGAGAGGCAAAAUCAGAAGCUAAUUGAAACCCAAACUCAAAACACCCUAACUAUCCGAACUGACAUGGGCUCUUCUUCUGCAUCUACUACUAAUAUGUUCGAUUAAGUUCAGUUUCAAGAUCAAACAGACACUAUAAUCUCCUUUCAUCCAUGGUAAGCCUGGAUCAUUCAAACUUCUUGUGUUCUUGAGGGUACUCGACCACCUCCAUGUGUAUUUAUACUUUGUAAUUAAGCAAUUUGUUCAAUUUUUUAUAUCAGGCUUGCUGUAUAAUGUAAAUACAUGUUCCAGUUUUGAAGGCUAAGGAUGCAACACUUUUUUCUUCUGCUACUGCACUUUUGAAACAUGAAAACUUUUUGUUACACUGAA